ACUGUGGAGGCCGCCAGGCUUUGGUGUGCUUAAGUCCAAGGCAAUACGCGAGGAGCGUUGCGAGUGCGCGCUGGUUGGUUCCAAGUUUUUUUUGCCCCUGCCGCCUCCCACUUCACGGGUGCUCCUGGUUCGCCGCGUAGCUGCCCCUCUCGUGACUGUCAUUGCUGGGUUUCCUCGAGCCGCGGCCAGUGUGGGCUGCCACCACGACUCCCUGCGCAGGCGAGCCGGGCCGGAACAUGGCUGCGUCAGGCCUGGAUCACCUCAAAAGUGGCUACAGAAGAAGAUUUUGCCGAUGUCCUGGGGUACCUGACAUUAAUAUGGGGCAAGGCCAGAACAUACUGGUAAUCUUACAAGACUGUUUUGAAGAAAAAAGUCUUCUCGAUGAUUUUAGCACAAAUUCUGCAAUAUCAGUGCCUUCUUCAACACCUAAAAUAAAAGAUACUUGUCUUAGGUCACCGAGCAGAGAGAAAUCCCAUUCAGAGUCAGUUCCAGUUUCUUCAAGAAAAGAACGAGCCUCUCUGCAGUUCACUAUAAAUCCAAGCAAAGCUGUCAGCAGAUCAGCUGAGUCCCAUGAAUUUCAUCAGAAAGUUUUGGCAACUGAUGUUGAUUCUAAAAAUACACGUGACUCAAGAAAAAUGUCAAGUAAAAAACUAAAAGAUCAUUGCAAUGAAGCUGAUGAGGAAUUUUAUUUAUCUGUUGGCUCGCCUUCUGUUUUUUUGGAUGCAAAAACAUCUGUAUUGCAAAAUGCUAUUUCACCUGUUGCCCAGAAGACAGAGACCUAUACUUUUGAAAAUUCAAUAAAUAUACUGUCUUCAAAUACAGAGAUUUCUACGAAAACCAAAAAAAGGUUAAACUUUGAAGAUAAAGAUAUUUUGAAGAAAGUAGAAAUAGAGAAUGAAGUAUCAGAUGUAGAGCUAGAAGUAUCAGAAAGACCACAAGAGAAAAAAGCAGCAGGAACACCUCAGAAAAUAAUACAAGAUUCAGAAUAUGAAAUUCAACCACAAGCUAAAAAGAGUUUUUCAACAUUGUUUUUAGAAACUUUAAAAAGAAAAAGUGAAUCCAGUCCUAUUGUUAGGCAUACAGCAACUGCUCCACCUCAUUCAUCUCCUGCAAAUGAUACAAAGUUGUUGGAGGAUGAAUUCAUAAUUGAUGAAUCAGAUAGAAGUUUUGCCAGUCGACCUUGGAUUACUAUACCAAGGAAGUCUGUGUCUCAGAAACAACGCACAGUAUACCCUACUGACAGCACUGCACUCCAUCAAAGUAAGAAGUCAAGAGAAAAACAUUGCAAUGUAUCACCUGUGACUUUGACAAGUGACAAACAUUCCAGCAAAGCUCACCCAGUAGAGAAAUCUCCGCCUUCUGAACAAAAAAAUCUGAGUAGGAAUUGUGCUUUGACAGACAAAAUGGAAAGUAAUUGUAGAUCCACAAAAUAUGAAAUGUAUUCUGAGAAUGCAGAAAAGUCAUCUGGAAGCAAAAGGACUAGAAAAGAAAAACAGAAAAGAAAAGUUGAGGCCAAUGUAGUUGAAGAACAGGUUGAUGUGGAGCAGUCUAAAGAUAAGAAUCUAAAUAUGUCACAUAUUGCCCAAGACAAGUCACAGAGAGAUUCAGACAGAAAUAUGCAAGAGUGUGAAGAGAUGAAAAAUGUUCGUAUUUCCAAAAAACAGAUGCCACCUGUGGGAAGUAAGAAAAGUAGCACCAAUGUUCUUCAUACAGAUAAUCGGAAAAAAAAUAGGGAACGUGAAAAGAAGGAUUUUUCAGUUGGGUCCAAGAAGAAUGAACUUGUACUUGAAGAAGUGACUCCAACUGUCAUGAGAAGUCAAAGAAUUUCCAGGCCUCCAUCUAAUUGGUGGGUGGUAAAAUUAGAGCAGAGUAAGUAUUUUUAUUUAAAUUAUGUUAAUAGCGUUACAGGAAGCUCAAAAAAUGAGGAGAAUAUUGUGACUGCAAAAAAUAUUCAUCUAAAGCCUCAGACCAGGGAAUAUCCAUGCAAGACAGCAGAAGUGUCUGAUUCAGAUUCUGGAGAGCCUAAGACUUUAGUUUUGGAAGGAAGUGGACCUUUUAGGCUCAAGAAUUAUCUAAUGUCUGGAAAGAAUAAUUCUGAUGUAGGUGAUGAGGAAGUUCAGCAAAAUUCAGAUGACUCAAUAGUAACAAGAUCUAAAACAACACAAGAGAACAAAAUACAUCACAAAUUAGUAUUACCCUCCAACACACCAAAUGUGCGCAGGACCAAGAGAAUACGAUUGAAACCUUUGGAAUACUGGCGAGGGGAACGAAUAGAUUAUCAAGGAAGGCCAUCAGGAGGAUUUGUGAUUGGUGGAAUACUGUCCCCAGACACGAUAUCGCCUAAAAGGAAGGCAAAAGGAGAAAUGAAAAAAGUCAACGAAAUAGUUAAUAGGAAAAGGAUCUGUCCUGAUAGCAAUGAAAGAAAGAAUAAAUUAGUAGUAAACCUGGAUAUACCUCUGGGAGAUCCUUUGCAGCCAACGAGAGUUAAGGACCCGGAAACAAGAAAGAUGAUUCUCAUGGAUCUUUUAAGGCCACGAGAUACAUAUCAAUUUUCAAUUGAGCAUGGUGAGUUGAAAGUAUAUAAAACAUUGGAUACACCCCUUUUUUCUACUGGAAAAUUGAUAUUAGGGCCACAUCAAGAAAAGGGAAAGCAGCAUGUUGGCCUAGAUAUAUUGCUUAUCACUUUACUUCUAGGUAAUUAUUACAACAUCAAAAAUCUCCUGAAUGAGGAAAGUGUUCUUCUUUUUACUCAGAUAAAAAGAUGAAAGAUGAAACACAGUUUAAAUACGUGUGUGUAUAUAUAUGUACAUAUAUAACAGUUUGUGCAGUUUGGACAUUUAGUUUGUAAUUAUUUACGAUGUUUUAAAAUAAAAUUUUAUUCAGUUUUGUGUGUACUUAUAUCUGAUAAACAUUUUAAUCUCCUUUAUGUGUCUUCUAAUUUAUCCAUGAAUAUAUACAUAGCCUGCAAUGAUGCCCAUAUUCAUAGUAUUUUAAUACCAUGCAAAGAAUGCCAAAAUCACUGCUCCCAGUGUAAUGCAGGACAUUUCUUUGUCAGAAAAACCAUGAUAAUAUGUCCAAUCAUUUAAAAACCUUUUCCAAAUGCUAGUUUUCAGUCACUAAUCAAAAUAAUCCAAUAAUAGAGAACUGGUAAAUGGUACAUCUGUAUUACUCUCCUAGGCCUAUCGUGACAAAAUAGUACAAACUAGGUGGCUUAACACAGCAAAUUUAUUGUCUCACAUUUAAGAGGCUUGAAAUCUGAAAUUGAUGUGUUGGUAGGGCCCUGCUCUGAAACCUGUAGGUUUCACGAUAGUGCUGCUUAGAACCUAUUUUUCUAUUAACAGGAGAGUCAGUGUGAAAGAUAUUACAGAAUGACUCAGGCUUGCUGCUUUAAUGUUACCAUGCACUAAAGAUAUGUAGAAAACUAUAGAGAUUUAGGGCAAAAAAUGGUUAAAUGUCAGAAACAAAUUGCUAGAAUCUAUUCCUGAACUUAUUUUAUGCAUUCUCAUAUUAACCCAAAAAAUCUUAGUUCCAUUUGUCAGAAUAAUAAUUCAACAGUAUGCUUUAAAUUUUGCUUUUAUUA